CAGCAGUGGGCGUGGCUUUGAGAACAGUAGCCAAUCACCUCUCUCCAUUUGGUGAUGGGCGGGGCCUGCAUUCAGUGCCCAGAAACUGAAGCUAACCCGAAUAAACAACUGAGUUAGCUCCUCAGCUAGUUAGCAACAUAUGUUGAAAUGGCGUCGCUAGAGGAGACAGAACCAACCACAGAACCAGAGAAAUGUCCGGAUGUAACACCAGUAGAGUCCAUAGUCCCUGCAUGUAUGUUUGCUCCGGACCGGGACUGUGCGGAGGAUCCAUGCGGGGAAGAGGGCUUGGAAGACGGCGAGGGAACUAACGGAGACACCGGGGAUCAUUUGGACUUAAGCAACAAGCUGGUGCUUGUGAGUCCGACAGGGCAACAGUACGAUUCAUUACUACGGCAUCUGAGAGAGCAGAUCGAUGAGGGCUGCGGAGAAACAAUCUACGUGGUGGGGAUGGGCUCAGACGGGGGAGACUACGGUCUGGAUGACAAGGACAUGGAGGCGUCGGUGGCCACGGUGCGGUCGCUGUGCGAACAGAUCGAAACCGACCUGAUCUUCCUCAGAGAGCGGACAGACGCCGGAGGAAAGAUCAGAGACUACCUGAUCCGCAGGCGCGUGGGCGAGGAGGACUUCCUGGAAGUCAGGGUGGCGGUGGUGGGGAAUGUGGACGCGGGGAAGAGCACUCUGCUGGGGGUUCUGACCCACGGUGAGCUGGACAAUGGCCGAGGCUUUGCUCGCCAGAAGCUCUUUAGACACAAACAUGAAAUGGAGAGUGGCAGGACCAGCAGUGUGGGCAAUGAUAUCCUGGGGUUUGACAAGGAGGGAGAGGUUGUGAAUAAACCCGACAGCCACGGCGGCGGCCUGGACUGGACGAAGAUCUGUGAGAAAUCCUCAAAGGUCAUCACCUUCAUCGACCUGGCGGGACACGAGAAGUACCUGAAGACCACUGUGUUCGGCAUGACGGGACACCUGCCUGACUUCUGCAUGCUCAUGGUUGGCAGUAACGCCGGCAUCGUGGGGAUGACCAAAGAGCACCUGGGUCUCGCUCUGGCUCUCAAUGUGCCCGUGUUCGUGGUGGUGACUAAGAUAGACAUGUGUCCAGCCAACAUCCUGCAAGAGACGCUAAAGCUGCUGCAGAGGUUACUAAAGUCUCCGGGCUGCAGGAAGAUCCCCGUGUUGGUCCAGAACAAAGACGACGUCAUCGUGACGGCGUCCAACUUCAGCUCCGAGAGGAUGUGUCCCAUCUUCCAGAUCUCCAAUGUGACGGGGGAGAACAUGGAGCUGCUGAAGAUGUUCCUCAACCUGCUCUCCUCCAGAACAUACUUCAACAACGACGAGCCCGCAGAGUUCCAGAUCGACGACACCUACUCUGUACCGGGCGUGGGCACAGUGGUUUCGGGGACUACGUUACGUGGAAUGAUCCGUCUCAACGACACGCUGCUGUUAGGCCCCGACCCGCUGGGAACCUUCAUCCCCAUCGCCGUGAAAUCCAUCCACCGCAAGAGGAUGCCGGUCAAAGAGGUUCGGGGGGGACAGACGGCCUCCUUCGCCCUCAAAAAGAUCAAGCGCUCGUCGAUAAGGAAAGGAAUGGUGAUGGUUGCUCCAAAGUUGAUGCCUCAGGCCACGUGGGAGUUUGAGGCUGAGAUCUUGGUGCUCCACCACCCCACCACGAUAUCCCCCAGAUACCAGGCCAUGGUGCACUGCGGCAGCAUCAGGCAGACGGCCACCAUCCUCACCAUGAACAGAGACUGUCUAAGGACGGGAGACAAAGCCACGGUGCACUUCCGCUUCAUCAAGACCCCCGAAUACCUGCACUGUGACCACAAGCUGGUGUUCAGGGAGGGCCGCACCAAGGCUGUGGGCACCAUCACCAAGCUCCUCCAGGCUGUGAACACGCAGGCAGCUAAAGCCCAGCAGGCCAAGAUGCUGUCCAAUAAGAAGAUGUUUGGCACAGGAGCCAAUGAGGAGGCUGGAUCCUCUGAACGACCGACCAGUCCAAACUCAGCUCAGCUUCCAAUGAAGUCUGGAGGCGGCGGUCGUCGAAGAGGGGGUCAAAGACAUCGAGGGAAAGCAAUAAACGCUGCAGCGAUCCCCACAGCGGUCCCUGCAGGCGCAGCAGGAACCGCCUGAUCUCCAUCUUUACUCUGAGGGGAGGGAAGUGACGGCUCGGCCUCUGGAUGGAAACGUUUCCCUUAUAUAAAAUAAUAACUCAUCAUGAGAGAGUGAAUUUCCUUCCAGGUUAAGACAAUGUAAAGCUUUAUUGGUGUCUGAAGAUGAUUUUUAUUUAGUUUUAUUGCAGUUUCUUGCAAUUUAAAUGCAUUAUAUUACCUUUUUCUAUUUGAAUACUGGAGUUUUGGGGGUGUUUGUAGUUCACCAGUUGUUUCAUAGCGUUAUCUGAGUACAUCAGAGGCAGAGCAGUCACUUUCCCUCCCUAAAUGUUCUCCAUCCUCCACAAUCAAAUGUGUUUUUUUUCCCUCUGUUGCUCAUCUCCUCUUGUGUUCACCUCCACGUGACGUUCAUUAAUCCAUUUUUUACUGUCACAGAAAGAGGAAGUAGUUGAAAAGCAUCAUUUCUAAUUGUUUUUCUUACAAUGCUCCGUGUCUCUGAGAGUAGCAGUUCACAUACAGUCGGUGAUUUAUUACAAUGAAAGGGAAUUAAUGCCAACCUUAGAAUAAACAAUAAAACAGCUAGAUGAUAAUUAACUAUACUUCCUUGUGUCACAGUGCCGGGUUUGGUGAGGUUUGUUUACAAAGAAAGUUAUUGUCCUAUACAGGUUUUUGGAAUUAAAAAGCUUACGGUCAGCACGGUCACAUGACUUCACGUCACCACCGCUAAGCUAAAGGUGGCUAAUGUUGGGCGUGAUGGCGUGUAGUCGUCUCACUAGUGGGGUAUUCACUGACAAAUUGUACGUCGUAGAACAAAAAUGUCUUCCGCUUGUCACCUUAUUUGAGACUAACAACCCAAGACACAUCCAGAAAACCAUUGACUUCCAGACCAGGGGACAGGAAGUGAUAAAAUGCUUAUUUAUUUCCCGGGUUUUAGGACUCGGGGCUUCUCAUGAUACACAUCGAAAGAUAAAGAGCAAAACAGUCUCUUGUCAAUUUUAACCUCACAUUGUCUACGAUUAAUCCUGCCAUAGAAAAGUCAUUUUAUCAGUCAGACCUUCCUUUCUGGAGCUAAUGUCUCAGUUUUUCUAGAUCCAGAUCAGAAAGAAACCCCUUUGUUUUUCCCCAAAGUAACGUCACAUGUCAAACUGGCUUUGUCGCAGUUAACGUUUGCAGAAGUCCUUUUGAAUUCCCCUGCCUAGUUUGCUUGGAAACAUCUGAACACAAGAGCACAAUUUCUCUUCCGUUUCAAUCGCAGUCUGACUUCCUGAAACACACAAUUUUGAUGAUUGUACAACAAUUAUUCAUUCAGCCGUGGUGUUCCACACUUAAAAUGUAAAAAAAAAAGAACAUUUUUAAAUCACUAACAGAUGAUGCCACUGGGACGUAAAGGUCAUUAGGAUGUGUCCGACAUCUUUUUCAAAGCUUCAAGGGUCAAACCCAAACAUGUCACAACGUCCAACACAACGACUUUGUCAGUCUGUAUUUUAAAGAUAUUUUAAAGGAUUCAGUGUUGAGUCUGCAGAAGUGAAUCAACCGGAGGAAGGUGAACAGAAGCUGGUCUGAACACAUCAUCUGAUUGUCUUUAAAAAAGCUAAAAUAAACCAUUAAUCUAGAGUCCAGUUUAACAGAGUUUUCUGCAUAUGUUAUCCAGUUGUUCGAUCGUUCCCAGUUGAUAUUAACGAGGAAACUACAUAAGUGUGUUUGAGGGCUUUGAGCCCCGAUGUCCCCUUCCAUGUCUGUAUAAUAAUGGUCAGGUUUUCUCCGACAGUCUGUAAAGCCACUGAAUUAAACAUGUAAUCAAAGAUCACAAACAAACUGAACUGCCAGAAUAUUAGAGAUUACCAAUUUUUUUUUUUGAAGGGACACUCUUGUGUGUUUGUACGUUGUGCAAGGAUGAAAAAAAAAGAUGCCAUUUAAAUUAAGUGGUGCCAGUUUGUGUUGUAAAUCCUUUUAAAUAAAGAUGUUAUAGAAAACUAA